GAGUUAUUCACAAAUGCUACGUUUUACUUGUACUGCUCCGCCUGAAACUGUGAUACAUUAAUCGUAUUGCCCUUAAUCACCGGGCGAAUCAGACGAGAGCUGCAAGUUGGGCGCAACUUUGAAUCCUGUGCUGGUUAGCGUAAUUGAUUGGACGUUUCUUAAACAUCCUACAGUUUAACAGGUUUAUGUUAGGUAAAGUAAAUACGACGAGUUUCCUCGGAACAGUUGAUGCUUUUAGAGACUUUUGUCAGAAGCGCAUUGAUGAGGAUAACCUCUUCAGGACGAUAGGACAACAACUGAGCGAAGAAAACCCGUUCACUCUUUAGUCUAGGCUGCAACUGGACAGAGACCUGAAGUUUAUGUUGAUACGGUCUUCCAUUCUUCUUUAAUCUCAGUGCUUUAAGCUGAUUUAUGUUCGAUCAGAGUGCGCCUCGAUGCGCGUAAUUGUUUUACUCAAUCGGAGUAUUGAAGGGUUCGGUCCAGCGCCUGGUGCUCAUACGGACUGGUUCAAAUUAAGAAUUGGACAUCCAAAUACCUUCAGUUUUCCUGUCACAUCUCAAUAAAUGGGGAACCUGGAUAAUUGUUUUCUAAGGGAUUGUGCUUUCUGUUAAACUCAUACCGCACCACUCGUUUUGAAAUCGGUACAUCUUAAACAAGACCAUGAUGUUUAUGAAAUUGCUUCUUCCACUGAUGUCCAUCGUUUUGAUACGAGGUGUUCAUGGUCAGAUGGUUCAGAUGGACAGCAGUAAGUCAGGAUUUGUGGGCUCACAGGUAGAGCUACGCUGUCAGUUUGUCAACAGCAACCCACCUGUAAAAAUCUCGCAGGUCACCUGGCAGAAGCUGGUCAAUGGCACUAAGCAGAACGUGGCCAUCGCCAAUCCAGCCCUAGGGGUGUCAGUACUGAGCCCCUUCAAAGAGCGUGUGCGCUUCAAGAACCCCGCCGUCCGCCAGCGCACACCUUCCCUGGAGGACACCACCAUAGUCUUCAACAAACUAAAACUGUCGGAUGAAUCCACCUACAUCUGCGAGUACACAACCUUCCCAGCUGGCAACAGGGAGAACAUGGUUAAUCUCACUGUUUAUGCUCGCCCUAUGAUCCAGAUGAGUCUUUCCACACCCUCCGUAGUGGCGGGAACCAAAGAUCUGAAGAUGACUGUUGCCACGUGUGUUUCUGCCAAUGGGAAGCCACCCAGUGUGAUCACAUGGGAAACUGAUUUAAAUGGAGAAUCCAACACCCAGGAGAUACGCAACCCUGAUGGGACUGUCACAGUGCGCAGUGAUUACUUGGUGGUUCCUAGUCGAGAAAUACACCAACAGCUGCUCACCUGCGUCUCCACAUAUAAUGACGAACAAUACACAGACAGUGUAACGCUCAACAUUCAGUAUGAACCAGAGGUAAUAAUAGAAGGCUUCGAUGGGAACUGGUAUUUGAACAGAGAAAACGUUCAACUCACCUGCUUGGCUGAUGCCAAUCCACCCAUCUCAUUGUUUCAGUGGAGAUACUUGAAUGGAACUAUGCCGAGUACAGCAGAGCUUGGUGACGAUGUGCUGAUCUUUAAAGGUCCUGUAACCUAUGACAUCGCAGGCACAUACAUCUGUGACGCCAGCAACAGCAUUGGGACAGGCUCUGCGUCCGUUGAGGUCAUUGUCACAGGUGUGUUUACACUUCCUACUCGACUGUGAAAGCAUGUGGCUUAACUGCUUCUGUGCAUAUGCAUGUGAAUUUUUUAGUCUUUUGCCCUAAACUUACUCUCGACUGCCUCUGAAACAUCACCUAAUAGCCAUGAUCAUGCCAUCGUUUUGUCAAUAAACAAUGUAGACGCUCACUGCCUGAAAUGUGGAUGCUUGCCUCCUGCCUGUAUUUUUUUCUUCAGCCCUCAGGUGUUUUGCUUUGAUUAACUUGCUUGCUGGUGCAGCACUUUGCAUGUG